AGCCUAGAAACACCCAGAAAUAACCACCACAACAGGAAAGUGUACUAAAUGACUGUGCUGGUUAAUUAUUAGUUGAUUGAGGCUGAAACAGCCGCAACCCUGAUUAAAAAAUGGUGCAUCUUGUGUUUAUUGCAGAAGACCAACUCUCUGCAAGUCAGUAAGAAAAGUUUAUGAAUGACUUCCUCUCGCUCGCCCUGUGCUCGCUCUCUCUCUCUCUCGCUCUCUCGCUCUCUCUCUCAGGCUAGGGCGCUGCGCUCUGACUCAGGGGAGUCGGCUCUCGAACCCACUCGAGUCAGUCUCUCGCCACGCAUCCCCGCACUCCCUGUGCUCCCCUGCUCGCGGGGAAACUGGAAUAUUCCUCCCUGACUUCGGGCCGCCUGCCCAGCUGACCUGCUGACCUGCUGACCGCAGCCCGGGGCGAUGGACAGCUCAGACAGCAUGGACGAUGGAGGAAAGAUCACCCUAUACGAUGAGGAUUUGUGGAGCUUGUUCGACAACGACACUGAAAACAACACCUACAACAACUCCUGCUGUGAAGACAUGGGGGACGUCUGCACCCAGGGGGUCGGCCUCGGGUUCCAGAGGCUCUUCCUGCCGGCGCUGUACUCCGUGGCGCUGGUGCUGGGCGUGCUGGGCAACGGGCUGGUGAUCGCGGUGCUGUGCCAGUUCCGCAGGGGCUGGAGCGUCACCGACACCUUCAUCCUGAACCUGGCCCUGGCCGACACCCUGCUGGUCGUCACGCUGCCCUUCUGGAAGCAGAAGGCCAUCCGGAUCAUCCUGGCCCUGGUGGUGGCCUUCUUCCUGUGCUGGACGCCCUACAACCUGACCCUGCUGGCCGACACGCUCCACUCCCAGAGCAACAUCAGCGACAGCCACGGCCGGCGCACGGCCCUGGACAUCUCCCUGGUGGCCACCUCCUCGCUGGGCUACCUGCACUGCUGCCUCAACCCCAUCCUCUACGCCUUCGUGGGCGUCAAGUUCCGCCGCAACCUGCUGGAGCUCCUGCGCGCCCUGGGCUGCAAGAUCAAGGGCCACGCCCGGCCGAAGCCGGCCUCGUCCUCCGCCACUCGCCGGACCUCCAUGUGGUCCGAGUCCGGGGACAAGCAGAAGGCCAUCCGGAUCAUCCUGGCCCUGGUGGUGGCCUUCUUCCUGUGCUGGACGCCCUACAACCUGACCCUGCUGGCCGACACGCUCCACUCCCAGAGCAACAUCAGCGACAGCCACGGCCGGCGCACGGCCCUGGACAUCUCCCUGGUGGCCACCUCCUCGCUGGGCUACCUGCACUGCUGCCUCAACCCCAUCCUCUACGCCUUCGUGGGCGUCAAGUUCCGCCGCAACCUGCUGGAGCUCCUGCGCGCCCUGGGCUGCCCCAGCAGGGCAGCAGAGAACAAGACAGAGGAGGAGGAGGGAGAGAAAAACUGUGUUGUGUACAGAGCCGGGGACGAGCAAGUCAGAGCCGGGCUCUGAGUCAGGGCCUGGGCGAUAUUUCCCCCACGUGCUGGAGAGGGAGGGGGGAGACAGAGGGACAUCCGGCUGAGCUCGGCGCUGGUCUGUACAGGGCGAGAGUGAAUCUGGGCUCAUGAGGACAGUAACUGGCUCAGCUCAGUCCCUGAACUGAAAUGGGAGAAUUAUACAUAGUAAAAUGAUCCGUAGCAGAAUGAAAAGAAAUUCUGAAAUGAGAUUGUAGAUCUCUGCAUCCUG